AUGGCUGAAGAGACGGCUACCAGAGCUCCAGAGAGCGAUGCUAUGGAGGACUCAAAAGAGGUUCCUCAAGUCGAACCAAGCCCGAUUCCAGGGGAUACUCCAGCGCAAAGCGGUGCGAGUUUGGGUGAGCACUGUGUAAAGGAUAGACCAACACCUGCCGGACAAAGUUCAUCUGGAGAAACUACACAACUUGGAGGGGUCGACGUUUACAUUUCCAAGCCCAGCGAAUAUCCUCAUGCGCCAUCGAAACUCUUACUACUUCUUACGGGUGCUACAGGCAUGCAUUCUGUCAAUAAUCAAAUUCAAGCCGAUAAAUUCGCUGGUGAAGGUUUCCUCGUUAUCAUGCCGGACAUGUUCCAUAACGACCCAUUGCCUGGUUCCGUAACGUAUGCCGAAGAUAAGGAUCCUUCUUUGAUUGAAAAGUUGAAGAUGCACGCCGCGGAGACAGCAAAGAGUUUCUUGGCAGACAUGUGGCUCGCAAGACAAACACCCGAAAAGAUUCUACCGAUUAUCCAUAAAGUUAUCGAAGCCGCAAAGGACGAGUUCGCAGAUGCAGUAGCGAAUGGUGGAGGAAUCUAUUCUGUCGGCUAUUGCUUAGGUGGAAGAAUGACUUUGUUACUUGCAGGCGAGAAAUCAGAUGCCGUUCACUGGGGUCAACAACCGGCGAAAGAUGAGGAAGCCGCCGUUGAAAAGAAAGGACCGUAUAUCAAGGCUGGCGCAAUCGCUCACGCAACAUUAGUCGGCAAGGAGGAUUGGGAAGGAACCAAAGUUCCACUGGCAUUUGUUUGUGUCGAAGAUGAUCAAUUGUUUUCCGAUGACGUUCAAGAAGUUGGGAAGACAUACCUGAAUGAGAACAACAUCGAACAUGAAUUUAAGACAUAUUCGGGAGUUCCUCAUGGGUUUGCCGUAUUUGGUGAUUACGAGCAAUUGAACAUCAAGCAAGCACAAGCUGAGGCAUACGAUCAAAUUUUGGCAUGGUUGAAAGCACAUUAA